UUGCCAGUUCGUGUUUGACAGCCAACACCGUUUGGACGCCUAUGUGUAUGCGUGUGACAACUUUGGAGGCCUUUUGUGACCGUCAAAAAGGUCUCGGACACACCCCGACAAUCGAGACUAAGUGAAAAAUGUACUAAACCCGUUUACUAAUCGUAAAAAUUCCAUAAAAUCACAUUGUGUCUGUCAAAAAAUUGCGUGCGAGGAGCCGCGACCGAUAGUUUUUGGUUUGUUAUUACAAUCAGACCGAACGACGGUGUGUUGUUCUAAACGAGUGGUUUUAACGUGAUUUUUCCUGGUUGUUACACGUUUAGGUUUAGGGUUGUUAAAUGGAAAGGGGUCGGAUACGGCCCGAAUUGACGGGUAGCCGGAUUACCAAGCAAACUGGAACUGAUGGAAUUAGAAAAUAUUGUCGCAAACACCGUAUAUCUCAAAGCGAGAGAAGGGGGCUCCGAUAGUAACAAGGGGAAGAGUAAGAAGUGGCGAAAAAUCCUUCAAUUUCCACACAUAUCCCAGUGCAUUGAUCUUGUUAACAAUACUGAUGUUCGAUAUGAAUAUGUAGUCGACCAACAACCUAUAGGUAAAUUAUUAUUUUUGCAAUGGUGCGAGGCGACAAGACCUCAUUUGCAUCGUUGCAUGAAAUUUCUCGAAGCCACCGAACGUUAUGAAGUAGAAACGGACGAGCAACGGGUGGAGUUGGCCGAAACCAUCAAGAAAGAGUUCAUGGUGGGUCCAUCCGGAGAUGAGUGCCUUUCGUUUCCGGAAUUGGGCGUCGAACUGCCUACCAGUGACAAAUUAACUAAUGGACAUAAGGAUCUGUUUGCUCCUUGUGUCCAAACGAUCAAAACGACUUUAGCUGGAGAACCUUUCAGGGAUUUUACUAAUUCAAUGUAUUUUCAUCGAUAUCUGCAAUGGAAAUGGCUCGAGUCGCAACCGAUUACUUAUAAAACGUUUAGAAUGUAUAGGGUACUUGGAAAAGGUGGUUUUGGAGAAGUGUGCGCUUGUCAAGUGAGAGCAACGGGUAAAAUGUACGCUUGUAAAAAAUUGGAGAAGAAACGUAUUAAAAAAAGAAAAGGAGAAAGUAUGGUUUUAAUUGAAAAACAAAUUUUGCAAAAAAUCAACUCAAGGUUUGUCGUAAAUUUGGCGUACGCUUAUGAAACGAAGGACGCUCUUUGUUUGGUCCUAACAAUUAUGAACGGCGGUGACUUAAAAUUUCAUAUUUACAAUAUGGGUGGGGAGCCUGGACUUGAUAUUAAUCGUGCUAAAUUUUACGCCGCCGAAGUUAUUUGCGGGUUGGAUCAUUUACAUCAAAGGGGUAUCGUUUAUAGAGAUUGUAAACCCGAAAAUAUUUUAUUAGAUGAUGCAGGGCAUGUAAGAAUAUCAGAUUUAGGUUUAGCAGUAGAAAUUCCUGAAGGAGAAUCUGUUAGAGGAAGAGUGGGUACUGUAGGAUAUAUGGCUCCAGAAGUAAUAGAUAACGAGAAAUACACAUUUUCACCUGAUUGGUUUAGUUUUGGAUGUUUACUGUAUGAAAUGAUUGAGGGUCAAGCGCCGUUUCGAGCGCGAAAAGAAAAAGUUAAACGCGAAGAAGUCGAUAGGCGAGUUAAAACUGAACCGGAAAGAUACUCAAACAAAUUUAGCGAGGAAGCGAAAUCUGUAUGUCAACAAUUAUUAGCUAAAACUCCCGCUCAACGUCUUGGCGGACGAGCUGGACGACACGGAGCUGGUUUAUUAAAACAACAACCGUUUUUCCAAUCGAUUAAUUGGAGGCGGUUAGAAGCUGGAAUGGUUGACCCCCCAUUUGUACCAGAUCCUCAUGCUGUUUAUGCAAAAGAUGUGUUGGAUAUUGAACAAUUUUCGACUGUUAAGGGUGUAAAUAUCGACGAAAAUGAUUCGACGUUUUACACCAAAUUUAAUACAGGUUGCGUGUCUAUUCCUUGGCAAACGGAAAUGAUCGAAACGGACUGUUUUAGACAGUUGAAUGUGUUUGGAGCUCAAGGAACUCGGACACACGAUCUUAUACUUACACCGCCAACGACACCAGAACAUAAAGGCUGUUUUCCAUUUAGAAGACGGAAAAAACCACCAGCUCGAUUAAGGCCAGUACCAAUAAACCCCCUUUUGCUACCACAAGUGAUGGAGAGCUGAUAGCCUAAGGCACAAAACGAAAUCGUCCAAAACCCAUCGCAAUGCCCCGUCUUCCCUGUUAUUUUGUGUUCACAUGACAUCAGUCAAUUUUAAGUUAAAAAAUGAAAAAGAAAAAGAAGAAAAAUCGUUUUAAUUUAAUUUUUUUUUCAUUUUUUUUCUCUUAUAGCUCUUGGUUCUUGUCAUUUUGUUUAUUUAAACAUUUAAAUCCCCUAUUAUUAUACAAUUUAAUACUUUUUUUUCAUAAUAUUAAAAAAUUCUUGUAAAUAUCACCCCCUUUUUGAGUUUAAUAAUUAUUAAUUUUUAAUUAAAUUUAUCAGUAUGUAUAGUUCGGGUGUACAGUUCGGGCGAGAAUCUUUUGGUGGAUGUGAGGUAAGAGAGGUUUAGUUACCGGCGCAUGUGAUGAUUCAAUGAUGAAUUUUACUUCAAGGUGGUCUCUAAAAUAUUUAUCGUAAUUUACUUAACUAGUACUUAGGGCUGUCGUGAGAUUGUCAAUCCGCAGAACUCUUAGGAAUCGUAACGCACAUUUCAUUUUAUUUUCGGUGCUAGAUAUAAAGAAAUGUUUUUAAUUUUGUUUACUUUGUGAUUUUACGCACAUGGAAUAUAAGAACUUCUUUUUGUAUUUAUUAAAGAAAAAAAGAGGCAAAAACAGUAUAAUAAAUAUAACUUAUUGAUAUCGCAGUAAUAUUUCAAUAUUAUUAAUCGCAACCAGACAUUUAUAUGCGCUAAAAUCUAAACGAAACCGUUCGUUAUCAUUGUUAUAAUUGUAUCGUUAGCGAUAUUUUAUCUCGAUAAAUGUGAACUAUACUGAAACCCACAGCAAUUCAAGAAACCCCAAAAAAGAAACUAAAUUGCAAGCGUACAAUAAAGCCAAUUUUUUCGAAAAUUAAUGCAAAAAUACAUACUGCUCAAUUACGAUUCGGAUUUAUAAAAACACUACUACAAAAUAUGAGUGGCCGAAUAUCAAAAUAUUUUUAUAAGAAGACCAUUUUUUUCAUUGUUUACGUGUGAUCCUAUUUAGGUGUUUAAUCCUAUAAUAUUCGUGUAUACAAGGAUCAGUUAAAGAUUCGGACAGAAAAAUGUGUUGGAUACCGCCCCAGCGAUUAAAUAAACACGGUAGUCGAUUAUUCUAUGGAAAAAAACGCAUGUCUUGGACAUAGAAACCUUUUUGAUUAAGCAAUUUGAAUGUUAGUUAGGAACUCGAUGUAUUUUCAAAAAAAAAUUAAUAAUAAAAGACCAUUAUAUUGUUUUA